AAUCAAACGCAUUCCGACAAUGUGUUCAGUUUGAGCUGGUCAAACUUCCGUUUUAAAUGAGUCUCUCAUAACUACGGCUGGGUAUUGAACUAUCCUCCAUCGACUUGGCAGAUUCUUAGAUCAAAUAAAAUCUAUCUCGUCAUCAUCAUCGUGUGAAAUGAUGAGUGUUGUUGGCCGGUUGUGAAACUGUGAUAUCGUGUGUUUUUUUUACGAGAAAGGCGAAACGUUUGCAUUUUUCUCCGUUGCAGAUGAUAAACGAAAUCAUAUUUUCGUUCAGCACUUUCAAUUACAUCUUCGUCAUCGUAGCUUUCAUAUUAUUCGGUUAUGGACCGCCUUGGUGGAAUCGUAAAAAUAUAGAUUGUCUACGAAAUAACGUACAUGAUAUACCGGGGCCUUUAUCGUUACCCUUCCUCGGAACGAGGUGGAUGUUUACCUUCGGAGGUUAUAGUUUCGGGAAAAUCCACGAAUUUUACGUGGAAAUGUACGAAAAAUACGGACCGAUAGUGAAAGAAGAAGCGCUUUUUAAUAUUCCGGUUAUAAGCGUUUAUGAAAAAAUCGAUAUCGAGAAAGUUUUCAAAAGCACCGGGAAAUAUCCGAUACGACCUCCUACGGAGGCAGUAGUAGAAUACAGAAGGAGCAGACCAGAUAGAUACGCCAGUACCGGACUAGUCAACGAACAAGGAACGAUUUGGCAUCAUCUGAGAACAUCUUUGACAACUAAUAUAACGAGUCCGAAAACAAUAUACGGUUUCUUGCCACAAAUGCAAGUUAUAACUGAAGAUUUUUGUAAUUUGAUUAAACAGAAACGUCAAAAUGACAGUUUAAUCGCGGAUUUGGACGAAAUCGUCAAUAAAAUGGGGUUAGAAACAUCUUGCGCUUUGGUAUUAGGUCGGAGAUUGGGAUUUAUGUUGCCCGGAGAGGAAUCCGAGAUCGCUAAGAUGCUAGCAGAGGCUAUACAUCAAAAUUUCAUCGCUAUAAGGGACACUUAUUUCGGUUUACCGAUAUGGAAAUUCUUCAAAACGUCCGCCUAUAAACGGCUAGCCGAAAGCGAGGAAACAAUCUACAAUAUAGCUUCGGAAUUGAUCCGAAACGUCGAAGAUUCGACCAAAGAGAGCGCCAUAUUCCAAUCCGUCCUCAACGCCAACAUAGACGAGAGAGAAAAAACCGCCGCCAUCGUAGAUUUCAUAGCCGCCGGUAUUCACACGUUAAAAAACAGCCUCGUUUUUUUACUGUACCUCGUAGCUAAACACCCCGGUACGCAGGAGAAGAUCCUCGAAGAUUCGUCGGGGGCGUAUUUGAAAGCUUGCGUCAUGGAAAGUUUCCGCGUUCUACCGACAGCUAAUUGUUUAGCGAGAAUAACCGAAGAGGAUCUCGAAUUGUCGGGUUACAAAGUGAAAGCGGGAAGCGUCGUCAUUUGUCAAACGGGCGUCGCGUGCCGAAACGAAAAAUAUUUUCCGAACGCUUCGGAAUUCCGACCGGAAAGAUGGUUGAAAGAUCAGAAAAAUUACACGUUGAAUAAUUCGCCGUUUUUGGUGAGUCCGUUCGGUAUAGGGAGGAGAAUAUGUCCGGGGAAAAGGUUUAUCGAACAUGUUCUGCCUAUUAUCGUCGAAAAUAUCGUUAAAAAUUUCGAAAUCGAAAUUGUCCGACCUAUGGAAUUGCAAUUCGAAUUUUUGUUAUCGCCUAAAGGUCCAACGGCGAUGAUAUUCAAAGAUAGAGUUUGAUCUAACUGUACAUAUCCAAUUAUUUAGUUCAAAUAUUAGUGAGAGGGAUUAAAUUUAAGGGAAACUCGAGACUGAAUCCAUUCCAGCUUUAGACAUAACCACAAAAACGUUUCUGAAUUUUUCUUUGGGUUUAGGGAAUUUUUAAUGAACCGGCAACUAUGUAAACGAAUCUCCUUGUAACUAGUAUUAUCAUAAAAUGAUACAAAAACAAUGGUUUAACCUGUAUAACGCGAAUACUGAGAAAAUAAUUCAAAAAAAGAAAUAACUUUUCAGUUAUCCUGAAUUAGUUAUUUCUAAUGGGACAUCCUGUAUAUUUUUUAUAGUUUAUAGCAACUUUCAAACGAUUCCUAUAGAAAAUAUGAGGUUUCUUAACAUCUAGCAAACUCUGGUUGGUUACAUAACACAUUUUUAAAUGAUGUCCCCUUUUUCGAUGAGAUACACCAUACACUUUCGAUUAAGACUCCUUAAAAUGUUUCACCCUGCUUUUUUCGAUGAGACACGCCGUAUAUUCCGCUUAGUUUGAUAGUAUAAGCAAUUUCCAAACGAUUUCUGUGGAAAAAGCAACGUUUUCGAACAUUUCACAGACGUUAAGUUAAAUGAUACACUUUUGAAUAAGAUCCUUAAAACGUGCCACCAUUUUUUUUGUUGGUGACGGCAAAUUUCAAUGUUCCUCAACACCUUACAACUCCUUUAACCUAUGUGGACACCCUGUAAAUACUUUAUUGAUGUUAAAAUGAUCGAUCUUAAGGGAAACAUAACCUAAUAAUAAAAAGAACCAAUUUUGGAAAAUUGAUCAGGAAGAUCAGGAAGUUAAAAAAUAUUUGAGAAGUAGAAAAACUUAAAAUUUCAUAUUAACGAAAAUAUUUAAUUGAAUCCAAUGUUUUCACAAUUUCAUCAUUAUACAAUAAAUUAUCAAAGAUUGAUUAUUAUAAUAACUAAUUAUUUCAAAAAAACUUACAGGUGGUGAAUAUUUACAUAGUUAACUAAGUUUUUAUUAAGAAAAUAAGUUUUUCACUUAAAAUAUGAAUAAUAAAUAUACUUGUUGUCGUUUUUUUAAGCUCAUCUGUCAUUUGUCAAUGUCAAAUAAUAAUUUAUCAUUGACAAAAAUUUUAAUCUGAUAAAUAAUUAUUCUAUGUUACAUGUCACUGUCAAUUUCUUCAAUUGCAAUUUUGUGCUGUCACUGUUUUUGAAUUUGGGUUAUGUACUAGUUAUAAAAUUUUGUUAAAUUUUCUAAAAAAAAAUGAAUAUGUUGAUCUGUGAAUUGGUUAUUAUCAUUUAUUAAUAUAUUAUUUGUUCUGCGUAUUAAACAGUUGCAGUGAUGUUUUUUACUCUAGUGUUUAUGGUACAUUUGAACUACUUAUAGUUUAGUUUAUUUUGGAAGAUUUUAAAAUGCGAUAAUUAUGAAAAAAAUCGUGUAUUUUUUCAUGUUAUAGUUUAUCAGAUGUAAAAAAAUCAUUAAAUGGUUUGUAUUAUA